AGGAAGGGCCGAUUUUAUCAGUUGAUACACCGUGUUGAGACAUUCAUUCAUAGUUACUGGAAAACUAAUUUCAAUAAUUUAAAUAUGUUCUGGAGUGCAGUGAUUGCGCUGUCAUGUUUGGUGGCAUACGCACAUGGUCACGGCCGAUUGGACGUACCAGCGAACAGAGCAUCUCUCUGGCGUACUGGCUUGUUCUCUGACACACCACCUAACUACGAUGACGACGGCCUCAACUGCGGCGGAUUCCACCACCAGCAUUCUGUUAAUGGAGGACGAUGCGGUAUUUGUGGUGAUGCCUACGAUAACGCGCAGCCCCGCGCCCAUGAGUUAGGUGGAAAGUACGGCCAAGGACACAUCGUCGCUACUUACGAACAGGGCGAAGUCAUCAGCACCAAAGUCUAUAUCAGCGCUUACCAUCAGGGAUACUGGGAGUUCAGACUCUGCCUGGAUCCUAGCGACCAAACACAGGAAUGCUUCGCUAACUUCCUUCUGGAGUUAGAAGACGGGGGAACCAAAUACUACCCGAAAGGAACUGGUUACUAUGACGUGAACUACCGCCUGCCUUCGAAUGUGGUCUGUGAGCACUGCGUGCUGCAGUGGAAGUACACGGCGGGCAACAACUGGGGCUUUUGUGGGGACGGCACGGGGGCCCUCGGCUGCGGGGACCAGGAGAACUUCUUCUCUUGCUCAGACAUCAGUAUUAAAGGCAGUGAAAGUAUUCCUUUAGACGUACCAAUUGUCAAUUUAAACGGUGAGGUAAACCCCUAAAUAUUGGGAAAGCUGAUGUGUAAGUGGUGAUUUUAGUUUCAUUAUUAAGAUGAUAUAUAUAUUAAAACAUCAAAGUCUCGAAACUGGAAUCUUCAAUUACUGAUCAGUUUUCCGUGAGAUCUCUUACAACGGUUGUGAAACAUACAGUAAAGAAUUUAUUGUAAUUUAUUGAUGCCAUACAUUAUUGUAAGUUUUGUUAUUAAUUAUAUUUUUGGUUUUAUUUAUGUGAUUGUUUUAUACCAGUCAGUCAUUAUAAAUAGGUUGAAAUUAAUGUAGCAAGCAGUCUGUUCUUUUACAGAAACCCAAUAAAAUGUGACCUUUCCUGUGGCCA